GCACCACUCACAGCUGAGACCCAGGGAGCAGAAUUAACGAGCAAAUUGAAACAGACUCUAAGAUGUGCUUUUCACAUGAGUUGCUGACUAUACGUGAUUCAGAGUUUUCUUCUUUUUCUGCCCACAAUGCACUUUUUAAUUUGCUGCAGGGUGGCAGACUUCAGAGGCAAAGUGGAAGAUGUCUAACAACAUGGCCAAGAUUGCAGACGCAAGAAAGACAGUGGAGCAGCUGAAGCUGGAGGUCAACAUAGAGAGGAUGAUGAUAUCCAAAGCAGCAGCGGAACUGAUGUCCUACUGUGAAUCUCAUGCUAAAGAAGACCCUCUGGUGACUCCUGUCCUUUCAUCGGAGAACCCUUUCAGAGAGAAGAAGAUAUUCUGUGUCGUACUCUAAUGCCUUGAAAAGUCGGCAGAAUACUUUUUUUUGUGCAUUACUGUCUUUCUAAUUAAAUCAAUCUUGAGCGACUUUCCAGAUGCAAACGAAUGAUCUGUCUUUUCGACAUGAUAAAGUGGCAAUAAAAGUUUAUUGAAAAA